AUGUCAUCGGCCAAAAUGAACAUACUCGUCAUUGGCGGUACCGGCGCAAUUGGCGGUCAUGCGGCGGUGUACCUAAAGUCCAAAGGCCACAACGUAACGAUCGCUGGGCGGCAACCACCCGCCGAGGUCCCCGUCUUGGCCGAACUCCCUUUUCUCCGCGGAAACUACUUGAAUCAAGACGACUUCAGCCUGGACCAGCUGUCCUGUUUCGACGCAGUCGUUUUUGCGGCAGGCAGCGACGUUCGCCACGUGCCAGAGGGCAAAGGCGCAGAUGAUCACUACCUUUACGCCAACGGGGAGGCUAUACCAGCCUUCGCCAAGCGCGCAAAACAAGCCGGCGUCAAGAAGUUUGUGCACGUCGGAAGCGCCUACUGGCAUUUGCUCCCCGAAUCAGUCGCCUCGAGUCCGUAUGUCCGCUCACGGAAGUUGGCUGCGGACGGAGUCACGGGGCUAGCCGGCCCCGACUUCCACGCCUGCAGUCUCGACCCGCCCAUCGUCGUCGGCACGGUUUCGGGCAUGAACAGCCCAUUGUUUCGCGCCUAUAUUGACUAUGGAAAGGGCCUCUUACCCAUCCCCGUGUUCGCUCCGCUGGGGGGUAUGAACUUCAUUUCCACCAAGUCGCUUUCGGAGGCCGUUGCCGGUGCCCUUGAAAACAGCCAUGCUGUGUCGGGAAAGGCAAUCCUGCUUGGCGACAAGACCAUGACUUAUGCGGAGUACUUUGAAAUGUUCUUCAGAGCCGUUGGGAACCCCCAGAAGCUUCCGGUUUUGGACCAAGACCACCCACUCUUGCCUCGAGCGACGCUCUACGGAGGGAGCAAGGUGAUCGAUUACGAGCCUAAAGCUGAGGAACUAGCGGCAUUGGGAGGCUAUCGCCGCGACGACAUUGAGAACGCUGUCGCCGAGCUAGUAUUGUAA